CUCUCUCCUUCGUCGCCAAAACCAUAGUAGCAGCCUAGCAGGUCAUGGCGCUUCACCAGGAAGAAGAGGAGGCAACCCCAAAUCCGAACCCUAGCGAGAGAAAGAAGACGACGACGACGAUGACGAUGACGAUGACGACGACGAAGAAACAAUGGCGCUUCACGUGGGAAACGCUAGCGCACACCCCCACGCUCCGCCUUUACCUCUUUCGCUCCCCCGGCUCCACUGACCCCUUACCCUGUUGCUCUCACCUCCGUGCCUCCCUCUGCCUUGUUGAGUCCCUCCUCCUCGUCUCCUUCCUCGACCUCGAAGCACCAGCUCCAGCGUCAUCGGCGGCGGCGGUCGGUCGACAGGUUGUUCUUAGGGUUCCGGUCCCUAGGGUUUUGAUCGAUCCCGGGUGCCCGGUUGAGUGCGUGGCGAAGAGCGAUCAUUUUGAGAUCAAGCUGGCUCUCAUCGUUCCCGUGGAUCACCCGCUGAUUAAGGAGUUCCGAGGUGCGCUUGAUUCGGAUCGGGAUGUAAUGGGGUCUUCAGAUUAUGAUCAGGUUCUGCUCUCGAUGAAUGAUGAUUUAAAGAGCAUUUCUUCUGGCGGGGUUGAUUUUUACUGCAAUACUUGUUCAACAAAGUUGACAAAACAACCUUUAAGCUGCAUUGUGGAAAUGCCGUCGUCAAACUGGCGAGAGGUGGCUGACAAUUGGUUUGGCAACUGUUGCUGCUCAUUUGCAGGUGCAAGUGAGAAACUCGUGUCUGAAUACAUCAAUUCUCACUAUUGUUCAGAAGGAACCGCUCUUCUUGAUGCUGCUUCAGUUAUCAUCUCUCAGAAUGAUCUUGAGGGUCAGAAUGAUCUUGAGGGUCAUAAGUUUCAAGAAAUCUUAGAAAAUUAUUUAGGGAACGAAAUAGACGAUUUAGUGCCUGGAGGUGGUUCCGUUAAUCGAAAAGGAGGCCAUUACAGUAUCAUUGAACAGAACAAUGAGACUUAUGAUGUGGCUGAACCUAUCUUGGUAGAGAGCGGUAGUGACAUCAAUGUAGGCCCAUGCCACUGUUGUUCUGACAGUAAAUAUAGUGAGAAAACCUGUCAUGAUAUUUCAAUUGCAACUAAAAUGAAUGAGAAAAUUGCAUCUAAUUUGGUGUUUCAAAGUAAUCGGAAAUUGGUAAAUGAGAAUCCAUUUCUUGGUGGUGGAUUUGUUAUUAGAACCUUCGACCUUUCAAAUGAUGUGGAGUGGACUGAGUUUUUUUGUAAAAACUGCUCAUCGUCUCUUGGGUCAUACCCUUCUUCGAAAAGCUCAAAAGCUCCAGUUGAUUGUGGGAUUCGGCUUUUUAAGUGCUAUAUUUCUACUGGCAUUCCUGCUGGUGGAAUUCAUGAUGUAUUCAGGAAACAUACUCUGGAAAGAGUCUUUGUAAAUCUGCUACUCGAAAGCGCUGAAGAUGAAAUUUCAUUUCGAACAGUUGUAAGGGAUGUGCAAUCCAAAGAUCCCAUGCUGCAAUUGGUUCUCCUAAGUUCAAAGGCUUGGUAUUCCACUGGCUAUUGCUUUGAAAAUGAUGCUAAUAGGCCACUUUGUGCAGCAGAUCUUCAACCUGUUGUUAAGCUCUUGUUUUCAGGCUGUAGCACUACUGUAUCAGAAGAUGACUCAAGGCUUGUGGAGGAGUGGUCGAGAAGAAAUCAUGCUGAAGAGGUGUACAUGCUGAGGCGUCAGAUAGAGGAGCUUAUCCAAUCUCUCAUUUCUGCUGUGAACAAACUUCCGCCUUCUUGCUCUUCUUUGCAAGGAAUGUAUCUAUCCUGGUUGGAACGGGCAACCAAAAGGUUGAGCUAAAUCGAGCCAAGCUGUUUUGUACUGGAAUGGAAGUUAAAUCUCGAGGCUGAUUUUGAUGUUCAAGCUCAGGUUAUUUGAAUUUCCGUCGGGUUUGGUCUCUCCUCGAUGUGUCUAUCUGACUUAGCUCCAGUCUAUUACUUUUGAUAGUCAUUAGAGGACUAGAAGAUGUUUCAGAAGAGAUUGGUUAGGGAAAAGCUUUCCUUAUAGCAGUUAUUCGAUGUAAGGUGAUAAACUAAGCUUUUUGCUGCUUUCACCAUUUAGCAAAGUGAGAGCCUUGCUCCAUUUCAGUUUUGAUGCUUUUGGUAUCCUCAGCGCCAAUUGUUGAUGUUUGUUUACUGCUAUUUAACUGUUUAAAACCUUUAUACUUGUUUCAAUGAAGAGAAUUGGAGAGAAGAGAAAAGAAAAUAAAGGAAAAAGAAGAAGAGAAGAUAGAAGAAAUAGAA